AUGUUCCAGGAACUCACUAAAUUAAUACACGCCACGAACCACUACACCAUUCGCUACCAUCCUCAAGCAAAUAGAAUGAUUGAGCGUACAAAUCGUGUGGUGAAGUCUGCUCUUACCACAUUAGUGAAUGAUCGCCCACGAACCUGGCACCAAUUUGUUCCUGAGUUACGGCUGCAGAUCAAUUCGGCUAUUCACCGGACGACUGGAGAGCAACCCCUGUAUAUGCUAACAGGCCGCCAUGCUAACUUCCAGAUUGGUCUCACCAAUGAAGCCGUGUUUGAUGAAAACAUAAAUUUGCAAGCACGUUUACAAGAUGCCCGUCAAGCAGCUGUGAAAGCCUCAAAGGAAGCACGUCAAGUCUAUGGAAAGCAGUACGACAAAUGA